GGAAUUGCAAAGAUCGUCCCACUAUAGUCAGUCCCAUUCGUUUGCCAUCCUACCGAGUCUCCCUUUCCAAUUCCCACUCACACUGUAACGAUGGACGAACAUUGUGUACGUGCAGAACAACCCCAAUCACGAGGCAAUACCGAAUCCAAGUUUGACAUGCGCCACAAUCCGGUGUAUCAGGUAGACUGGAAGAACGAAGCUUCCGGCAAGCGCAUGUCGGCGACCAAACGUCGAGUCCGCUUUCGAUUUGGUUUUUCCAACCGCCAAGCCAUUUCCGAGGGUUGCACCGGGUCCGAAUGCCGCGGGGAAGAGCACGAAGUCUUGCUCGUUUGGAGUUUGACUUCGGGCAAACGUCUCGUGCUGGCGGAUGGACAACAGGUACAUUUUAGUUUCGGCAAGCGGACCGACGGCAGGUUCGAAACAUCCUGGACCAUGUCGGGUGGACACUUAUUCAAGUUGGUCGCACACGCGGCGCCGCCCCUCUUCGCCACGCCCGACGGCUUUCGGCAGUUUGACUUUGGCGUGGACGGCUGCUCUUUCUUUGACAUGCCCAAGAUCUUUGAAUUGGGUAUGCGGAACAGCAACAGUCGUGCUCUCGUUAAGCCCUCCUCGAAUCGCUCCAGCUACGACAAUUACACGUUGCCUCACUCACCGUCGCAGACUGUCACCAGUCCCCGUUCGGUUACCUUUAAUGAUCACGUGCAAACCAAAUUGAUCCCCUCCAAGGAAGCUCAGCGUCACGCCGAAAUGGAUCUAUCGUCGGCGCCAGCGUCAGCCAGCCACUCGACUCCCCCGGACCUCAUGGACAACACCCACACUCUUGAUCGUACCUCCCCCUCAACGGUAGUGGACGAAUUCGCACCCGCGGCGACUCACGUCAGUCCUGCCUUUCAAUCCCGUCAAAUUAUGGACGCCUACGGGACGACUACGGUUGGAGUCCUCGCCCUGGCGAACGAGUCCCAUACGCACAACAUACCACCCGUUACGCCUCACUUGUACACGCCAUCCGCUCCAAACGUGUACGCGCCAUCACCACCGGCCACUCCCGGCACGUACCCGAACCAGAACCAGAACCGCCACCAGGAAUCCCUUCCCCAACCCCGGCAGUUGGCGUACCACACCUCCCCAAUCUACAAUAACGCAGGGUAUCCGCAGCAACAGCUCACUUCAUACCAACCGACUCCUGUGAUACCGGAAACUCCCCAGGCUCCUCUGCAAAUUCUCAAACCGACCAUGGAACCCUUAUCAAUGGAAGAAAUGGAAGAGCGCGAACAAACUCUCCAGUCCGACCUCGAACGUCAAAACGACUCCAGAGCAACGCAAAACGGUAGAGAAAAAGCUCCACGUGGGACCAGCCAAAUCCAAACCGGUAGCUCCCGCUGCACCCGUAUGGCACUUGGGCCUGCAGCCAUCUCUGCAGCAGAUUCAAACCCACAAGGUCAAGAAGGAACCGAAGAAGGAAAGUAUGCGCACCCACGCGUUUGAUCCGGCCGCGGCCCAUGCCGGUAUGAUGGUCCUGUACGGGUCUAGUACCCCAUCGCAACCGCCGGCGUACGCACACGGCCAUCCGUACACGGCCACCCCACACCAGGCACAGUUCUGCGCGUCUCCGCAACAGGCGCAAGGCUAUUCGCCGCAGCUACCGCAGCAACAACGGGCGUAUACGGCUUAUUGAGUGGGAAAACGGAUGCUGCUGGUGGAGGUUUCUCUGUCUCUACAGUCCAUUGGAACCGUGCCAUUCAUGUCGUGAACUAUUGUUUGAUUCCCUUUGGUAAAGUGCAUAUUCUAUAUUUACGUAAUUCUGGAUUUGAUUUG